ACGACUUUUUUCUACUCGCUCGAUAGUCAACAUGCCUCGCACCGCUGAGACAGCUGGCUUCCGUCUCAAUCAUACCAUGCUCCGGAUCAAAGAUCCCAAAGUCUCUCUCGCCUUCUACACCGACGUGAUCGGGAUGGACUUUGUCUCUGCCCACGACGGCCCCGACUUUACCAAUUACUUCCUAACCUUCGACCACUCUGGCGGCAAGCUCACCGCCGAGGAGAAGGAGGAAGACCGUCUCAACCGUGAAGGCGUCCUCGAACUCUGCCACAACCACGGCACCGAAUCCCUCGAAUCCACUCCCUACCACAACGGCAACAAAGAACCGCGCGGAUUCGGGCACAUCGCCAUCACCGUCGACGACGUCAACGCCGCCUGCGAGCGGUUCGAGAAGCUCGGCGUGCCGUUCCAGAAGAAGUUGUCGGACGGGCGGAUGAAGCAUAUUGCGUUUAUCUUGGAUCCGGAUGGCUACUGGAUUGAAGUGCUCCAGAACAACAAGGCCAAGGCGAAGACCGACUGAUCUCGACACGAAGCGAAACGAAUUGGUGGAGAAGAAGUUCACUGUACCAGAAAUGCGAUAUAGAUACCAUGUAGCCUUUCGGAGUCCCGUGUAGCGAGUGUUUGUGGAACGUGAAUGUAACAGUACGUCUGCC